AGAAAAAACAGAAAUGGCAGCCAACUAUUAUAAAUAAUUAGUCUAAUCCAUAUAGUAUUUGAUUAUGAAGAUCAAAGACCCUUCGCCAACACUCAAGAUAAACUUUUCUAAAACAAUCUCUUUUCCUCGUCUAAAACUAAAAACCACCAUAGCCAUGGCGGUGAUGUCAAAGCAAGAUCCAUCACCAGCUUUUGUAGAAACGGUACAAGAAAUCAUGAGACUUUACAGAUCACUUCCACCAAGGCCUUCAAUUGAAGACGUUGCAGCAGCCAAAUCCGUUCUCAAAACUGUAGAAAAUGAAGAAAAAAUCAAGCUUGAGGAGAUCUCAAUGGAACGACCACCUGAAGAUGUCCCUGAGGAACUCUUCUCCGUUCUGCAACAGGUGAGGAAGACCAUGGUGUUGUUUCAAAGCCACCAACAAAAAAAAGAGGCCCUUUACUUGGUUGAAGCUGACAAGAUGUUUGAGACGUUUGAUGGGUUGAUUCAAAGGGCUUCUUUGCUGGUUUCUGGGGAUACCCAAGAUGAAAAGGUGACUACUUUUAGGGAACAAGUAAGGAAAUUUGAUAGAGAAGCUGUUAUCAGUGAUGACAGUUUGGUGAAGAGAAAGGAAGAUGGUGAUUUGGAUAAAGAUGAUGUAAAGGGUUUGGUUAGAAGUUCUUCUUCAAAGGCUUCUUUCUUUUCAGGUGAAAAUAGCAGUGAAAAACUAAACCUAAUAAAGACAGCAGCGCUUAUAGAAAAUACUGCUAAAACAGGAGGGAUAGUUCUUGAUCUUAGAGGCAAGUUGAUGGACCAGAUUGAGUGGCUCCCUGUAUCAAUUGGGAAAUUAAAGGAUGUGAGCGAAUUGGACUUAUCCGAAAACCGUAUCAUGGCACUACCACCCUCCAUUGGUGGCCUUCAAGCCUUGACUAAGCUUGAUCUUCACUCAAACCAACUUAUAAACCUUCCUGAUUCGGUUGGGGAACUUGUGAAUCUAACAGAGCUUGAUCUCCGUGCGAACAGGUUAAAGUCGCUGCCUGCUACUUUUGGGAACUUGAUAAACCUCAUGAAUCUAGAUUUGAGUUCAAAUGAGUUCACCCAUUUGCCUGAGACAAUUGGAAAUUUAACGUCUUUGAGGAGACUGAUUGUUGAAACAAAUGAGCUUGAAGAACUUCCAUACACAAUAGGAAAUUGCUCCUUACUUUCGGAGCUAAGAUUAGAUUUUAAUCAGAUAAAGGCUCUUCCUGAGGCUGUUGGGAAGCUUGAACGCUUGGAGGUUCUCACUGCACACUAUAACAGGCUCAAAGGGUUGCCGACAACAAUGGGCAACCUCUCCAAUCUAAAGGAGCUCGACGUAAGCUUCAACGAGAUUGAGUUCAUUCCUGAGAACCUCUGUUUUGCUGUAAGUCUCAGAAAAUUGAAUGUGGGGAAGAACUUUGCAGAUUUAAGAGCCUUACCAAGAUCAAUUGGAAACCUUGAGAUGCUUGAAGAGUUGGACAUAAGUGACAACCAGAUCAGAGUUUUACCCGAUUCUUUCAGAUUAUUGUCGAAAUUGAGAGUUUUCCGAGCUGAUGAGACUCCCUUGGAAGUUCCACCAAGAGAAGUAAUCAAAUUGGGUGCUCAGGCUGUUGUUGAGUUCAUGGCUGAUCUUGUUGCCAAGAGGGAUACCAAGGCAGCACCACCAAAGAAGGAGAAGGGUUUUUGGUUCAGGAUUUGCUCGAUUUGUUGGCCGUUCCGGACCGCAAAUACGGACGACAACAUGUAACCAAUGAAUUACUACUACAGUUUUUUCUUUUUAUCCCCUUGUAAAUAUCUCAAAAAUGUCUUGGUUUCUUGUCAAGAUGUGUGUUUUUUUUAUGCCAGUUCCAUUACUUUGUAAAUUAUUUGUGAGAUCGGUGAGCUUUUCUGCGAAGUUCAAAAUCCUGAUUGCUUGCAAGUGUUUUCAGAUUCAAGUGAGGUGAAAAACCUACAAUUGUAAAUCUUUUGGCAUCUAUUCUAUAGCAUCCAAAUUCUACUUUUAAUAUAAAUUUUGCUUCUAAA